UUUUAUUGAAAUUAUAUGGCCGAAGAGAUGUGCAGUGAAAUUGUUUAUCUUCGUAGACCAAGUUGUGACAUUCGAUUAAUCAACAUGUCCAGAAACAUCGAAAUUAAGGCAAAGGCUACAAAUAUAGACACCUUAAGAGCAGCUGUAAGGAAAUUAACAGAACUUCCUCGUACCAUAAUGCAGCAAGAGGAUACGUUUUUUCAUGCCACCAGUGGCAGACUAAAGCUAAGACAGGUUGAUGGAUAUCCAGCAGAACUUAUUCAUUAUGAUCGACCUGAUGAAGAUGGUCCCAAACUUUCUAACUAUGAAAAGCAGGUUUUCCAGAAUGUUGAUGAAGUGGAAGGUCUAAAGAAUAUCCUGAAAAAGUCUUUGGAGGUGCGCGGUGUUGUCAGAAAGCAACGAGAAAUUUCCACAGUCUAA